AUGCUGUAUGAUGAUGUCCACAAGCGAUGGGUGCCAGCGGGAUCUGAGGCUCCUUCCAUCAGCCAAGUCCACAUCUAUCAUCACCCUGGGUCUAAUACCUUCAGAGUGGUGGGACGCAAACUGCAGGCUGACCAGCAGGUGGUGAUCAACUGUCCUAUUGUCAAAGGGAUAAAGUACAACCAAGCCACUCAAAACUUCCAUCAGUGGUGAGAUCCCAAACACGUGUGGGGGUUGAACUUUGGCAGUAAGGAAGAUGCUGCUCUUUUUGCCGACUCCAUGAUGCAUGCAUUGCAGGCUCUUCAUUCUCCAGCAGGCACAG